AUGAAGAAAUUGGUUCUUAUUAUUAUUUUUGCUGUCGGACUUGCAAGUUGUCGCCCCAACAGCUCAUCCAGAAUCCUCGGAGGAUCGAAUGCAAAUCUUGGUGAACUUCCAUACCAAGCAUCACUUCAAUUUUGGGGAACAACUUUUCAUUUUGCUGGUGCAAGUUUAAUAAAUACAAGAUGGGUAGUAACAACAGCUCAUGGACUUCUUGGACUUGCAGGAAAUUCUGUGAACAUAGUUCUCGGUGUGGUAAGACUAGAUGCUCCAAUUACCAGCAGGAGGAGCAAUGAAAUUCGAAUUCAUCCACUUUUCGACAAGCCAACAUUGUUAAAUGACAUUGCAACAGUUCGAAGCAGUGUAGCAAUUGUAUUUAAUAACUUUAUAGCUCCAAUUUCUCUAUCACCUACUUUUCUUGGAUUGGAUACUUCUGUACAAAUUUCUGGCUGGGGUGCGACAACUGCAAACAAAACUGAUGAAGCAGUCCAUCUUCAAGUAGCUUCGGUUAUUGUUCAAAGUUGUUUUGACUCUGAAUUUAUGACAUUUACUUUACAACAUGUUUGCGCAGGAAUGGGUGAUGCAGAGAUCGGAAUUUGUACAAAUGAUGUUGGAGGUCCAAUGGUUUUGAAUAACAUGCUUGUCGGUAUUCCAUUUUAUCAUGAUCAACGUUUUUGUGGAAGUUGGCAACCCGAUGGAUACCUAAGAAUAACAUCUUACCGUACUUGGAUAAUGGGAAAUACACCUCUAUGA